ACUAGGCACCUUUGUCUUUGGGGCGGGAUUUCAGUGGUUAGCGCAUUGCCCCACAAACCCAACAAUCCAAGUUCGAUUCUCGCCCAUGGCUGAGUAAGAGUGUGGCAAAUAUCUGAUACCGGUUCUUGGAUUCCCCUUAGGGCAACUCAGCCUUAAAUGAGUACCUGACGUCGUGUGUGAACAUCAGUACUGGGGAGACCACGGGAGUUAGUUGGGUGUGGUAUAACCCAUCCAUUUUUCGCGCCGUGCCAGUGCCGUGCCUUCACAAGUGCAUACGUGCUCGCGAACAGUUCUGACCACACCAGCCUGUGCAGGCUACACAGGGCAUCUUUGUACAUGUGAACGCACGCGUGUGUGCAUUCGAAACCUCGGGCCAUGUAUUCUUCUUUGGGAACGGAUGCAGGCGACGAUGCUGAUGAUGACGACACAGGUGGAAGAAGAGGAGGAGGGGGUCGGGGUGGUGCCGGCGGCGGUGGUGAUGGCGGCGGUGAUGGCGGCGGCCUGAGCAGCAGCGGCCAUCGCCACGUUCACAACGGCCGUCGCUUCGCAUCGGCGGCCGCAACGGCGACAUCCAAACCAGGCGAUGAUGACACUGAAGAAGAUUUCAAUGACGAUGACGACGACGACGAUUACGAUGACGACGAUGAAGAUGGCGACGAUGGCGAUGACGGCGACGGAGCAGAUGAAGAGGAGGGAGAUAGAGAGGCGGGCGGGCACGCGGCGGCUCGGAGCGACCUGCUCACGUGCGGAUUCUGCCACCUCUCGCUGCCGCUCUCGCAGAUCCUGCGCUUCAUCGAGCACAAGACCCGCGCGUGCCCGGCUCCGGGUUCGAUUCCCGCGCCGACCGGGCUAAGCGCGGUGCUAUGGCCUCCUGACCAAGGCCCCCGCGCCGGCCCCUCCGCCCUCACCGGCUUCUCCCCUCGACUCCUGGCGACGACGACGUCGUUCGAGCAUCCCGGAUCGCAAGCCGCCCCAGAGCCGAGCGCCUUCGUGUGCCGCUCGUGCCGCGCGCGUUUCCCCACGGCCUGGUCGCUGCUGCAGCACGCGCAGCACACGCACCGCCUCGGCGUCUACAUCGAGGGCGGCUCCUUCACCACGCUGGCGCCGCCCUCCAGCCCCGAGGGCAGCUCCCGCUCGCCGAGCGGCGCGUCGCGCGGAUCGGCGGACGCCCCGGCGGACGCCCCGCUGCCCGAUCGCAGGACGGCCGCCCCCCCGGCCCGCAUGGACGGAAGCGGAGUGAGCGCCUUCGGGCUGCUCAUGGAGCCCUGGCUCAGGGCGGCGCUGUUCCACGCGCAGGCGCCCCGGCCCCGCUACAGCGCCUCGCCCGUGUUCGCCGCUCCUCGAGCACAACAGCCGCCGCUGCCGCCAUCUCCUCCCCCUCCUCCUCCUCCUCAGCCGUUCUCCGCUGGCCGCACGUCCCCACCAGAGCCGGCGGCGAUGACGGCGGCCGCCUCGUGGGAAGAGAAAGCGACCGCGGCGGACUUCCGGUGCCGCUUGGAUUUUUCGCGCCGGCUGCGCGAGCUCGCCGGCAACACUGCUCCAUUUGCGGCGCCGACGACGGCGACGGAGCGACCUCUCGGUGCCGGACGUGCCGCCCCGCACCUCUCCAGCACUGCGCCUCCAGCAAAACCCGGCGCCGGCAUCUUCCCACCGCCUCCGUCCUCCCCAUUCGUCGCGGCCACCGGCCGCGAGUCGGCGUCGUCGACGUCGACCUUGCGCUCUUGCGGGACGCCCGAGUCCACGGGGAACCCCGCGCCCCUCUCGGCAUCCCAGAGCUCGCGCCGCUCGGGCUGGGCCAGGGCGGCCACGCUGGAGGAGGAGAGGGGGCGUGCGGACGGCAGCAGGGGGACGGCCUCCUCCCCCGGCCUGCGGUGCGGCGGUCUCGGCGCCCCAAGCCCCGGAGUCGCGGGUUCUCUGUCCAGCGCGAGCACCGCCCUGCGCUCCGUGGCGGCGCUGUACCGCAGCGACAUGUCCGUCCCGGAAGAGACGCCAUUGGCCCUCGGCGCCGGGCGAGGCGGCGCAGGGCGAGCGGACGGGCGAGGCGCCGCGCGGGCGAGCGGCGAGGAAGGGGACGACGGCGGCCCGCGGGCCGCGCUCAACGAGGUGCUGCUCAGGCUGAACAGGCAGAUGGCGUCGUACUGCCACUCGGCCCCCGGCAGGGGCAGGGAAAUUGGGCCACCUGCCGGGAGGCCCCAGGGGGACGCGACGACGACCGCUCUCCGUGAGGCGGCUCGUGACCACUCCCACGCGGGGGCCGCCAAUGGAGGGGACGAGCAGCUCGCCAGCCUCCCUCUCGACCUGUCCUCCACCUGCCCGACUGCCAAUAGCGUGAAGCGGGAGCCCGAUGAGUCGCCGCUCGUGGACUCCCAUCGCGUCGACGGCAACAUCUACUCGCAGUGGCUCGCCAGCUACGUCGCCGUGCAGCAGCUGAGCAGCGGGGAGUCGUUUGACUCCAGCGGAGGGAUCAGCGGCGGAGUUCCAUUCGGGGGAAUGAGCGCGAUGGGUGGCCGGGUUCCAUUUAGUGGCAACAGAGCGAUGGGCAGCACGUCGUCGGGAAGCUCUCGGGAGAACGCGUCCGCGGCGGCGGCGGCGGCGGCGGCGGCGGCGGCGUGGGGCGGCUCCACGUCCCCUCCUCGCACGCCCUCGUCGGAGCCCAGCUCCUCGGACACGGCCGGCAGCGGCAGCCGGCUCGCGGAAGAGUCCGGGAGCCAGAGCGCGGCGAGCCCGGGCUUCCUCCUCCUCCAUCCCCUGCAUCGCCGCGGCGAGCGAGGCUUGAACAACGACGACGAGGAAGACGGCGACGAAGACGACGACGAAGACAACGACGGCGGGGGCUGCGUCCGGAAAAUCGGCGCGGCGAGACGGGCGGCGGGCGGCGUGGAGGACCGCGACGCCGGCACGGGCACCAACGCGUGCGAGUUCUGCGGCAAACGCUUCCGCAACGGGAGCAACCUGACUGUGCACCGGCGCAGCCACACGGGCGAGCGGCCCUACCGCUGCCAGCUGUGCGGCUACGCGUGCGCACAGUCGAGCAAGCUGACGCGGCACAUGAAGACGCACGGGCAGGUGGGCCGCGACGUGCACCGCUGCCACGUCUGCCAGAUGCCGUUCGGCGUGUACGCCACGCUGGAGAAGCACGUCAAGAAGUGGCAUGGCCUGCGGGCAGCGCGCACGCCCGGCGGGGCCAAUGGGGACCUCGACGUGGACCUGGACGAUGGCGAUGGCGACGGUGCUGACGAUGGCAAGAGAGAGACUGGGCUUCACCAUGUGUGGGCAGCGGCCAUUUGAAGUGCGGGAGAGACUGAAACAAGUCGAAGCAUCUCCUUGGUUUCAUAAAGUUGGUGGGGAUGAGGGGGGUGGCAGCGUUCAUCACAGUUGGCGCCGUUGGCGGGAAUUUCACUCUCUUUCUUUUUUAUGGGGGGUCAAUUUCUGCACUCAGCGAAUGCUGUUCUCUUCACACGAAAUAGGGCUCAGUUUGCCCGUUCCCCAAGGGUGAUGAUCAUUUUGGGACAAGUCAAACUCUGGGUGCUGUGUGACACAGUGACACGUGAUCAGAUGAAAAUAGACCACUGAGAAUAUGAAUAAAAUUAACCAGCGGUAGUAAUAUCAGGUUAGACCAGGUGCCGCUGUGGCAGAGUUACCGAGUGAAUGGUCACAAGUUCAAAUUCUCUUUUGGGAGUCGUCUCGGCCCCAUCAUCGCUCUGGGGUCAAUAAAAUGACUGCUGGCCCAGCAGUUACAGCCAGCAGUGGGAGGUGAACGCUGUCUGGUGCUCAUUCAAGCACUGAGACUUAAACAAUCUGGGGCAAUGUGGCGAUGAACACUUGGAGAUGGGGUUGGUGGAUCGGGCAGAGGUGGUGCUAUGAUUUGUUUAAGUCGCCCACCUGCAGGGCAAACAAGGUGGUGCUUGCAGGGAUGUCAGGUGGGUUUCUUUUGUCGACGGGAAGUCUGCUCGACAAUGUUUGAGCAUUCUCUCGUUUUGUGGGUUUUUUUCCCCUGGGCACUCCGGUUUUCUCCCUUUUGCUCGAACGCACGUGGAGAGGAAUUUGGCAAAUACCUCAAAGUGAGAUCCUCCUCACCACGAGUCCUGAGACUCGGUGGGGCUUUCCUGAUU